GUUAGGGCGCGCCCCCUCGUGCAGUACGCCCUGCGUGCUCGCGUAUGUGCGUGCGCGUUCCGAGACUCAGGUACUGUGUCUGCGUGCGCGCUCCCAAGCAAAUGGAAGAUGGCGGAUGUUUGGUGUGUGAAGAUUCGUGAGAGAAGCUGAUAAAGAGAAACACAAACAGCAUCAGAUAAUCUGAAGAAACGACACACAGACAGACAGACAGAUUAAGAGAGAGAGACACGCGCAUCUACAGAUAGACAGCAUCAUGUCUCGCUGCUUAGACGGUGAAGACAGCUGCUUUGUUGCCAUGGAUACAGAGGAGGGCGGUCAGCAGACGGUGGACAUGAAGACGGAGGACGCAGACAGACUGACAGUGAGCAGUCACAGCAUGAGAGAGCUGCCAGAGGAGGUGCUGGAAUACAUCCUGUCCUUCCUGUCUCCAUACCAGGAGCACAAGACCGCCGCCCUGGUGUGCAAACAGUGGUAUCGUCUCAUCAAAGGUGUGGCAUAUCAGUGUUAUCACGGCUUCCUGCGAGCCGUUCAGGACGGGAACAUCCAGUGGGAAAGCCGAACUUAUCCGUAUCCUGGAACACCAAUAACACAACGUUUCUCACACAGUGCGUGUUAUUAUGACUCCAAUCAGUCCAUGUAUGUAUUCGGCGGCUGCACACAGAGCAGCUGCAACGCUGCCUUUAAUGACCUGUGGCGUUUAGACCUCAACAGUAAAGAGUGGAUCCGACCGCUAGCAUCAGGUUCAUACCCGUCACCUAAAGCCGGAGCCACGCUGGUCAUGUAUAAAGAUCUGCUGGUGCUGUUUGGCGGAUGGACGCGGCCCAGUCCGUAUCCUCUUCAUCAGCCUGAGAGGUUCUUCGAUGAGAUCCACACGUACUCGCCCUCUAAAAACUGGUGGAACUGCAUAGUAACGACUCAGGGGCCGCCGCCCAUGGCAGGUCACUCCUCUUCUGUCAUUGGCAGUAAUAUGGUCGUGUUCGGAGGAUCUCUGGGUGCUCGGCAGAUGAGUAAUGAGGUGUGGGUUCUCGAUCUGGAGCAGUGGUCUUGGUCCAAACCCACCAUCAGCGGUGCGUCUCCUCACCCGCGGGGCGGCCAGUCUCAGAUCGUGAUAGAUGGUGACACGCUGCUCAUCCUGGGAGGCUGCGGAGGUCCAAACGCCUUACUGAAGGACGCCUGGCUGCUGCACAUGAGCGGCCCAACCUGGACGUGGGAGCAACUGCGAGUGGAAAAUGAGGAUCAUGGAGCGCCGGAGCUGUGGUGUCACCCAGCCUGCAAGGUGGGUCAAUGUGUGGUGGUUUUCUCUCAGGCGCCAUCGGGUCGCGCUCCUCUCAGCCCGAGUCUUAACUCUCGCCCAUCUCCUAUCAGCUCUACGCCUGCUCCGCUGGGUCCCGACCCACCCUCUCUGCGCUCACAGUCUCCGGUGCGCAGCGGAGCCGCGGGUGCGGUUCUGGGUGCGGUCGAGGAGGCGCCCUGCGUGAACGGCCGGUGGGGAACCCUGCGGCCCAGAGCGUCAGCCAGGGCGCGAGACGGUAGCCCGUCGUCAUCGCAGCAGCAGUCGCCCUCGCGGGGACCCGACAGUCCCCCGCUGCUCAACGGCUCCUCGCCCUCCCCCCACACCAGCCCUGUACAGGCGCCAUCUCCGCCCGCCCGACCGCACCCUCACAUGCCUACGGACUACGGCUGGGAAGGUUCGCCGACAGCCGAGCCGGCCAGUUCCAAUGGGCUGCACACGCCGCCUCAGGCCGUCUCGCCACGCACCCCACCGGGCGCGGUGUCUCCCGCCGCUCUGCGCAGAGGUCUGGAGGCCGUCAAAGCCUCCUCGUCGCUGCCGUCCUCUUCCUCUCCGUCGCAGUCGGGGACCUCGACGUCUCCCUCAUCCAGUCCACCCCAGGCCGCGGCGGCGGAAGGGCACGCCAUCCCCCCGAUCGCACGCCGAUUGGGUCACCAUCCGCCCCAGAGCUUGAACGUGGGCAAGCCUCUCUACCAGUCGCUUAACUGCAAACCCAUGCAGAUGUACCUGCUGGACAUUUCUCGUGCCAAGUCGGACGGCGUGGUGUCGUGGAAGGUAUACGGAAGCGGCGGAGCACCCGGUGCCGUCACUGGGCCCCCGGAGACCAGUCUGCACACGGUGGUUCAGGGCAGAGGAGAGCUCAUUAUCUUUGGUGGCUUGAUGGACAAAAAGCAAAAUGUGAAAUAUUAUCCCAAAACCAAUGCCUUGUACUUCGUCCGCGCUAAGAGGUAAUGGAUGCACGCUGGCAGCUGCUGACCUUACACUAAUUUACCUUAAAAUACAGCUCGACACGUAUAAAGGACACGCAAACAUAGUUGUUGUUUCAAUUGAAUAAUGAAUGAGUGAUGGUUUUACUGCGAGUGUGUGCGUGUGUGUGUGUGUGUGUGUGUGUGUGUGUGUGUGUGUGUGUGUGUGUGUGUGUGUGUGUGUGUGUGUGUGUGUGUGUGUGUGUGUGUGUGUGUGUAAUAUUGAAGGGAAUGUUUGUCUGUUUCUGUUGUAUUUCACCCUCAGAAACUUUACAGAUCUGACUGAAGGAAACAAACAGUAGUUGGAAGAACAGAUGAAAUCUACCUUUUAUACUACAGCCUGCAUUGUUUACAUUAAACUUGUGUGUGUGCGUGUGUGCGCGCGCGUGCGUGUGUGGUGGAGUAUAAACUGAAAAUAAAGAUCUCCAUGUCUUAA